UAAUGACAACAACGACAGUGGUUAGCAUGUCGCUAGCAGACCAAGUCAUACAUUCAUUUUUAGACAUUUGAUAUUUGUCCACAGUGUUACGACGUACACCUACGUUUCAGUUAGCAGAGUGCUUUUGCCGUUAAUAUUACAGUUGUAAAAGCUGCGUACUUGUUGGGCUCUGUAGCUAACGUUAACGUUAGCUCGUUAGCUGAAGUUAUGAAUUUAGCUAACUAAUUUAGCUUAGAGCAACACAGUCUGCGUGAAACACACCUGUUCAAGGUCGAAGUAUGGCGGAUGACCCUCAGAGAAAUUUCCGCUCUGCAUAUUAUGAGAAAGUCGGCUUCAGAGGGGUGGAGGAGAAGAAAUCUCUGGAAAUACUGCUCAAGGAUAAUCCUCUUGAUCUAGAAAAGCUGAGCACCUUCAGUCAGAGGUUCCCCCUCCCCUCUAUGUACAGAAUUCAUGUGUGGAAAGUUUUGUUGGGCAUCCUACCUCCCCACAGUGACUCUCACACUCUGGUGGGAGGCUACAGGAAGGAGCAGUACCAGGACAUCCUGGAGGCUCUGGAGGUGAUGAGAUACAUCAACUCGUCCACACCCUCCACCCACGUCUACCUGCGCAUGUUCCAGCUGGAGAGCCAGGUGCUCCCACGGUGCUCUGAGACCUCUGCCCCGGAUGAAGAGAACGAUGACUUCCUCUCCAUCAGUCGAGCAAUGGAGGAGAUCGUAGACGAUCCUAUCGACUGCUAUUGGCUGAUCAAGUGUUUCGUUAAUCAGUUCCACACAAAGUUCGGAGACUCGGUACCCCACCUUCCGAAGAGCCUGGAGCAUUAUCUGAGUCAGGAGGAACCGCGGCUGCUGAACCAUCUGAAGAACACCGGAGCCCUGGCUCGGCUGCCCUACAGCCUCUGGUUCAGACGCUGCUUUGCUGGCUGCCUGCCAGAAUCAAGCCUGCAGAGGGUGUGGGACAAGGUGAUCAGCGGCUCCUGUAAGAUCCUGGUGUUUGUGGCCUUGGAGAUUCUGCUCAGCUAUAAAAUCAUAUUGAUGGGUAUCAACCGGCCUGAAGGCGUGGUCAAGUUUCUGUGCAAUAUACCACAGGAAAACACAGACGCCAUUGUGACUAAAGCCAUUGACUUGUGGCACAAAUAUUGUGGAACUCCAGUGCACGCUGUAUAGCUCCACAAAGCUCCACAAACGUCUGGGCUCAGAGUUGAGGUGCUUUGACAAGAUGAACCAGGAUUGGCUCUUAACUCCACUGAGAGACCAACAGACUGUGUCAGUGGGGAUUUGUCUCCGCAUGACUGAACUGAAAACUCAUCACAGGCUACUUCCAAUAAGCACGAGGACUUGGGAGCCAAUUUUCAUAUUGACAAGAAGGUUCCCAGCUUUCCCCCAAGAAUAUGAUGAACUAUCUGUGGAGAGGACUUGACCACAUGAACACUGUAAACAGCUGCAGUACACAGCGGAUGCACAGAGUCUGUUUGGAAAAAGGCAAGGAAGCAUAAACUUAUUUUUUUUAAUAAGUUUCUUUCUUUAAGAAACUGCAUACAUCAUAGAAGACUCACAAUAAAUUAAUACCCACAUGCAGUUUUUUCUGCUUUACAAAAAAACGUGAAAAGUCUCGCUUACUUUCUUUGCUAUGUACAAGUCUUAUAAUUCUGAGAACAUUUUUAAACAUACAAGAGACAGUAAUGUUACCGACGCUUGUACGUACACACACACUCACUCAGACACACAGUCAGAACACACACAACAGAUCAACCAGUUCUCCCAAUAAUAUGGUCAAAACUGCUAAUUCAUGAACCUAGUAUGGACUGUAAACAAUAAAAAACAAAAAGUAAGGUGGCAGGGUUUCAUAUUCUGUACCUCCAAAGGUUUGUCUCAGACAAUAAAAAAUGAAAUACAAAAAAA